UUAUUUGUGCAGAUCGGCUAUUUCAAAGGAAAAAAGUCAGCUCACCAUCACCUUCACUCUCCAGUCCAGCGGGUGGCGCUAAACACAUACGUUUGUUUGACAAACACCAUUAAACAUCAGAGGAAGAAGAUUAGCGUCAGCGAGCUCUCUGUUGUUUUGUUGUGAUGCUGGUUUAAUACAAACGGUUGGGAAUGUUGUUUCUGUAAAAACAUACCGUUUUUGAAUCAGGUCAGUAGCUGUAAUUUUCUCAUCCUCACAAUCGUGACUAAGUUUUGAAUCAAGCAGGAAUACCUGGAGGAGUAUCAUCUGAACUGAGAUCUGCUGUGAAGAUGAUGUUCGUUAAAGAGGAGAGUGAAGAGAACACAAGUGAACCAGAAACACUGAGAAUAAAACAAGAGGAUUCAGAAACCUGGAGAAUAAAACACGAGGAACCAGAAACCUGGAGAAUAAAACCCGAGGAACCAGAAACCUGGAGAAUAAAACACCAGGAACCAGAAACCUGGAGAAUAAAACACGAGGAACCAGAAACAUGUAGAAUAAAACAAGAGGAACCAGAAACAUGGAUAAUAAAACACGAGGAACCAGAAACCUGCAGAAUAACUCACGAGGAACCAGAAACCUGGAAAAUAAAACACGAGGAACCAGAAACCUGGAGAAUAAAACACGAGGAACCAGAAACCUGCAGAAUAACUCACGAGGAACCAGAAAUCUGCAGAAUAACUCACGAGGAACAAGGAGGCCUGAUGAAGAUUCAAGAAGAAAGACAAGAUCUGAAUAAGGUGGAGGAGAAAUAUCAGGAUCAGAAAGACCAUGCCGUCAAUGAAGAAAAAUCUGUGAGUUGCAGCAUUAAAACAACAGAAGUCAAGAAGCCUUUCAUCUGCUCUCAGUGUGGAAACACUUUCACUUGUAAAAGAAAUCUUAAGGAUCACAUGUUACUUCAUGCUGGAAUAAAACCUUUCAGCUGCUCUCUGUGUGAAAAGAGUUUUACACAGAAAGCAAGCUUAAAGAAUCACAUGCUAAUUCAUACUGGGACGAAGCCUUUCAGCUGCUCUCAGUGUGGAAAGAGCUUCAUAUGUAACAGAAAUCUUAGGUAUCACAUGUUAAUUCAUGCUGAAAUAAAGCCUUUCAGCUGCUCUCAGUGUGAAAAGAGUUUUACACAGAAAGCAAGCUUAAAGAAUCACAUGUUAAUUCAUGCUGGGAUAAAGCCUUUCAGCUGCUCUCAGUGUGGAAAGAGUUUUACACAGAAAUCAAGCCUUAAGGAUCACAUGUUAAUUCAUGCUGGGAUAAAGCCUUUCAGCUGCUCUGAGUGUGGAAAGAGUUUUACACUGAAAGUUAAUCUUGAUAAGCACAUGUUAAUUCAUGCUGGGAUAAAGAUGUUCAUCUGCUCUGAGUGUGGAAAGAGUUUUACACAUAACGUAUGUCUUAAGAGGCACAUGUUAAUUCAUACUGGGAUAAAGCCUUUCUCCUGCUCUCAGUGUGGAAAUAGUUUUACAUAUGACUCAAGCCUUAAGAGGCACAUGUUAACUCAUACUGCGAAAAAGUCUUUCCCCUGCUCUCAAUGUGGAAAGACUUUUACACAAGAAGGACAACUUAAGACUCAUUUGGUAAGUCACUCUUGAUAAAAGCCUUUCACCUGCUCUCAGUGUGGAAAGUCUUUGUCACUUAAGAAGUACCUUGAGACUCAAGUGUUAAAGGGGUCAUCGGAUGUCCAUUUUCCAAGUUUAUAUGAUUAUUUAGGGACUUAAUAAAAAGAGCUCUGAUCACCCCAUCUCUCACUCCAGUUUGGAGACAAGCCACACUAAUGAGACCAUAAACCUUUGCCACAUUUAGUUGCAGAACUUGAUAACUAGGACAUUAUUAGGAAAAGCAAUUUGCAAAGUUUAAUUAAAAUAAAUUACAAAUUACAAGUAGUCAAACAGACAGUGAACAGUUUUAACUGCAAUGAUAAUAUGUUGCGAUUAAACUUUGUGAUUGCGAAUAAACAUUGUGAUUAAGCAAAAAUUUUUAGUUUUAUAUGCUGUUCCAGGGUUAGCAUCAUCUGAAGUCUUCUGGAGAUUGGCAUCAUCUCUUCUGAUCAGGGAUGAGUACAGAGAACCAGUAUUUUUUGAAGCUGCUGGCUGUCAUUUCCCUUAACUUAAUGAUGUGGCCAAUGUUUGCUCAACGUGCAUGUGAUAUCCAUGAUGCAUGUGCUGUUUGUGUUUGCAUGCAAUCAGAAAAAAAAAACAGCAAAAUGUUUAGUUUUCCACAUUCUUAAAAAUAACUUUUUAUGUCCAACUGAAGAAAGAAACUCAUUCAGGUUUAAAACAACUUGAGAGUGAGUAAAUUAUGAAACAAUUUUCAUUUUUGGGUAUCAGUAUCUAUAACAUGUGAACUAUACCCAUCCCUACUUCUCAGGUGUUUGGUCAUCUCAAAUAUUCGUAAGGAUAGGAUCCAGAAUGAAGCUUGUCUAAUUCCUAGUUGCCCUCGGCAUGCAAGUCUCGUGACAGAGAUGGAAGCAAACAGCGACAAAAUUAGUGUAGCAGCUCUUCCAACCAAGCGAAGAUGGUGUGUUCCACCCAAGCAAAAGAAUGAAAAUGUGCAUUUGAUCAGAUAUAGCUAGCUAAAAAUAUCUCUUUAAUCUAGAUUUAAAUCGAGAGAGUGUGUCUGAAACCUUAACGUUAUUGGAUCUAUUAUAACAUCCAUUAGCUGUACUCCUCAAUCGCUUAGGUGACAUUUAAUCUGUUCCUGCUCUGGCCUCGAAACAAUGGCAAUGCAUCAGUCAACAGUCGUGGGAUAAGCCUGGGUCUGUAUGACAUCACACAGCCAAGAAUUCAUAAAUGGCUUGAUCUGAGAAACUGAUUAUCAUUUACGGUGAUUAAAAAAACCCACAUUGGGUGGAUUGUUAUCAUUAUAGGGUGGUUGUGUACACACAUUGCCAAGACACAUUUCAGUUCAAACAAUAUGUAAGAGCAUCCGAUGACACCUUUAAAUUUAUUAUUCAUCGUAUCAACAAUGUGGUGUAUCAGAGCAAAUCAGAAAAUUUAAGAUUCAAACAGAACCGUGUUGAAACACAAGCCCCUUUCACACUGCAUGUUGCACCCUGACAAUUGUCGGAACAUUGCCGGAUCACCUUCUGUUUGAAAGCAAACAUGUUCUGGGAUUGAUUGAUUGAUAAGUUAAAAUUAACAAGCCUAGCGUUAUCGACUUGUGCAUUACACGUCACAUCCUGAUGUCCUGCAUCAUUACGGGACCUCUACGAGUUGUGUGAACACAUGCACACAUUCCGGGAAAUCACAAUGUAAUGUGUCCCGGAACAACUGCCGGGACACAUUACCUGUGUAUUUUCCGAAAACGCAGUGUGAAAGAGAUAACAAAGAGCUGAAUUCCACAAAGAGGCUCAGGACAACAGAUGAUGAUAAAUCAGAUCCCAGCACAAGUCCGAAGUAAGCCUAACCAAAUCUUUCACAACUUUGAACAGCUUGCAGCAUUAAAAAAUGACAACUUAUUGAUAAUUCAACUCAGGAAGGAGAUUGUCAAAUUCGAGGCAAGUAACAAAGAUUAAUGGUCAAAGAGACACACAGCAUGAACAUCACAUGUAAAUCCAUGAUAGAAAUCAAUAGCUAAAGACUUCCUCAGACUGACUUCUUCCACCUAGAAGACAAGAACCAGGCCGUGAUUCUUUCUAGAGCCUUUAGACCUUUUGUUCCUCACAGAACACACUCUCACAUUCACAGAACGACUCAGAGACCGUCUUUACAUGACUAAAUGCAUCAGACCAAAAUGAUGCUAAAAGGACUAAUGAACAAAUAUCAUUGUGAUGCAUAACUCCAUAUGAUGAAUGUAAUCCAACACAUUUGAUUAUCAUGUACUACUCAAUGAUUGUGUAUGUCAUUUUUAAUAACUAUUGAACAGUUCAUAGGUUUCUAUUAAUGUUUGGUAUGUUUAUGUUUGAGAAUUCAAAGUAUCAUGUUCUUGUUAUAGGAAUCAUGUUUAAAUUAUACUCUGCAGGAGUGGGAAAAUUCAGACUGUGUGACAUAACAUGUUGAUUUGUGUAUUGGGAGGUGAAACAUUUCAACCCCCCGAAAUAAGACAAUGUCUGUUUGGUCAAGACACCUUUAGACAUAUGUUCAACAUAUAAGUUUUAAAAUCACAACCCCAACAAAUGUAGCCUGGUUGAAUUUUUUUGGCAAGUUUUUUUUUAGUUCUCUUUCAGCGUGCUUUGGCCUGCACGCGAGCUGUUACUCAACCACCAUGAGAAGACAAGCCAUCUAGUAUCAUCAGCUUAUGUUUUUUUCUUCUACAUCAGUUUUUCCACAAGGCCAUGUUACACGUUGUCUGCGACAGCUUUAAAUCUUCAACAAGCGUACAGGACUCCAGACCAUCCUUCAGUCAACGCCCAAUACAUCACUUCCAAUGACUACUGAACUUACAGCCAAUAAAAAACUUUGGGAAACCCCUUUCUGCAGCCAUGCCAUACAAAGGGACUUCUCUUAAAAACAAAGGCAACACAAGUACAAUCUCUAGCUGAACUGGUGCAUUUAAUAUAAAGUUUAAUAGCCUCACUGAGAAACUCAAUGCGAGGGUUUAUUGAUUUAAGGCUGUUCAGGUCUAAGCAUAUAUUGCUAUAACCAUUGGAUUUCACAUUUUCACUCUCUCAAACUCGUUCUUUCCCCACUUUGUUUCUGCAACUUGUUUAUGUGUUGUUUAUGUGUGUUCAUGUGUUGUGGUAGCUUCUGCCAUGUCUAUGAAGAAUCACUCUCGAAGGUUUUGAUGCCAAAACCAUUUCUCGAGACAAUAAAACUGAGAAAGCUCUUUAGAAAAUUA